UAUGGUAGAUAUAUUGCAUAGUACGACAAUGACCCUAAAUAUGAUAGUAUGGGCAAUAUUUCAGAAUUCAAAGCUUUGUACUUGGCCAUUUCUGAACUCAAAUGAAAUUGAGUUCUGCAAAGAUUUCUAAAGAGUCAAAGGGGGCCUCCCCAAGCCAUGGAGGACAUCAUAAGAACUCUUUUCACUGGAAACGGCAGAGCCACCACUCUAUCCUUCCACUUCAACCGGUCGAUCAGCUGGAGAAAUGGUCAUCUGUAGCGGUAGACAUGUACAACAACAGCAGCAGCAGCAAUAACAACAACAACCAUCAUCAUCAGCCUCAAACUAGCCACACGUCGACCAGCCGUUCAUCAGACUACUCGGCCGGCGGUGACGGGGAGCCUAGUGCGGCGGGUAACAAAUGGGCAUCAAGGCUUCUAAAGGAAUGUGCUAGAGCCAUCUACGACAAAGAUUCUAGCAAAAUCCAUCACCUUCUUUGGAUGCUAAACGAACUGGCUUCCCCUUAUGGAGACUGUGAUCAGAAACUAGCAUCGUAUUUCUUGCAGGCCCUGUUUUGUAAGGCCACUGAGUCAGGACAAAGAUGCUUUAAAACCCUAACUUUAGUCGCAGAAAAGAGCCACUGCUUUGAUUCAGCUCGGAAGUUAAUCCUCAAGUUCCAAGAGGUCAGUCCAUGGACAACUUUCGGUCACGUAGCCGCCAAUGGUGCAAUUCUGGAAGCCUUAGAUGGUGAGCCCAAACUUCACAUCAUCGAUAUAAGCAAUACCCUUUGCACUCAAUGGCCUACUUUGCUCGAAGCCUUGGCCACUCGAAACGAUGACACCCCACACUUAAAGCUCACUGUUGUGGUCACUGCUAAUAUUGUAAGAUCGGUGAUGAAGGAAAUAAGCCAGCGAAUGGAGAAGUUUGCUAGGUUAAUGGGUGUACCCUUUGAGUUUAAUGUAAUAAGUGGGCUAAACCAUUUGGGCCAACUCACAAAAGAGGCACUCGGUGUUGUUGAAGAUGAAGCUGUCGCGGUUAAUUGUAUGGGAGCCUUGCGAAGAGUCCCCGUCGAGGGAAGAGCUGCAGUGAUCGGGAUGUUCCGGUCGCUGGGGCCUAAAGUCGUAACCGUCGUUGAGGAAGAAGCUGACUUUUCAAGCACUCGAUACGACUUCGUCAAAUGCUUUGAAGAAUGCCUGAGAUUUUACACAGUCUACUUUGAAAUGCUUGAAGAAAGCUUCACCCCAACCAGCAAUGAGAAGCUUAUGCUGGAGAGGGAGUGCUCAAGGGGCAUAGUUAGGGUUUUAGCUUGUGACGAUGACCAAGACAAUGAAGGAGAGCGUGAGAGAAGAGAAAGAGGGAGCCAAUGGUCUGAAAGACUCAAGGAAGCUUUCUCAUCGGUCGGAUUUAGCGACGAUGUUGUCGACGACGUCAAGGCAUUGCUAAAAAGGUACAAGCCCGGAUGGGCACUCGCACAACCAUAUCAAAAUGAAACAGGACUUUACUUAACAUGGAAAGAAGAACCUGUAGUAUGGGUAUCCGCAUGGAAACCCUAAAAACUUGGCCACAACUACAACCAUGGUUUCAAGCUGAAUCAAUUUGCACUGCAUUUAUGCAAGAAUUUGGAAGCAAAUCAAAACAUGCAGAUGGAGUUCAUUACCUUUCAUAUCUUUCUUUUGAUCAUUGUUUUUUCUUUAAUGUCUAGUUUUUUUUUCUCAGCUUUAUGCUUUGGAGUUUGUGAUGUUCCUUUUUCUGAUUUAGAUCAUUAUUCUUGUUUGAAGGUGUUUGAAUUUGUGCCUCUGCCAUCUCCAUGGCAAUAUCCCAAUCCUUCCCUUCCCUGUAUCGUUUUUCCUUCAUCAAUUUCUUAUAAAUUUGUAACAAAAUUAUGUAUUAUAGGUUUGCAAUAAAAAUAUAAAAGUAUUAUGUGCAA